ACUGCUGGCCGGUGAGAGAAAGUUGAAUGAUUGCAGCCACCUCGUUUGCCAGCAAUGAGCGCCUGAAGAACGACCACAAACUGAGUCUUCAUUGUGACCACAUUCUUCCACUUCAAAGCCCCAGCCCCACUCCUAGAGGUUUUAGUGGACAUUGGUUGACGAGGCGGCAAAGGGAGGGGUGUACGGGGAGAACAGGUCUGAACACUUUAAAGACUCCUGUGACACCGCCACAUGGCGACACACUCCUUUGGGCGACCAUGUGCCGUCACCAUGGUACCACAAAGGGGAUUAACCCCCCACAUGUGCAGAGUAACCCUGUGGGGGUGUGCCUCUCUGGUGAUAGAGCGUGGGAAGGAGAAAGAGACUGUCGAGGGCUGUAUGGAUUAUUGUAUGAAACGGCACGCACUGCUCAAUUUUUUUUUUUUUUAGGUAAAGCAGCAGGCUGGCAUGAAUGAAGCAAUGUAGCGGGGUGGGGCGAAGGACAGGACAACUUGUAUUAAAUCAAUGGUGUAGUCACAUCAGAAUCAGGUUUAUUGGCCAGGUAUGUAACAAAACACAAGGAAUUUGUGACUCUGGUAGUUGGUGGUCCCCUAGUACGACAUGCAUGUUGAGUACGAAGAACAGCACGAACAGACUAACAAGAACGAAGGACAAUGGACCUUUUCGACCUGUCAAUCACUCGUACAAUAAUACCCAAUCAGAUAGCCACAUUGUCUUAACCCCUGGCUUGACCCACCCCUCUUGUCGUCAUGUCCCACAAGCAAUGCUGGUUAUCAGUCAUGUGCGCUUGGAAAAGUUAGUUACAAACAAAAUGGUCCUCAGAUGUGCCUGGGGAACGUGCUACUUUGAUGAAAGAUAUCCUGCUAGAUUACAAGGGGCCCAGUUGAUUCAUUUUCCAAGGCCUAAAACACAGUUGAGGAAGUGUCUUCAAUGGAUUAAGGCUCACGGAAGAUCGCACGUACAAUUAAAUGUGGACAUUAUCAACAAACAUAAGGCUAUAUGUUCGAAGAAAAUUGCUGAGUCAAGAUGACAGCCAUUGAGACCAAAGAGGAAAUUAGUGACACUGACAGCGGGAUCAUCUUGCACUCUGGUCCAGAAAGCCCUACGUUGCCUAUGAAGGACCCAAGCACGCACACUAGAGUCCUCAAACUCAAGCACCAGUCUCUGGAAGGACAUCUGGAGCUCUGCUUGCUGGAGCUCAGGAAACUGUGCAUUCGAGAGGCUGAACUGACAGGUAAAUUAUCCUCAGAUUAUCCACUCAUGCCAGAUGAGAACCUGCCACAGGUCAGAAGAAGGAUCGGUGCUUCCUUCAAGUUGGAUGAAGGUCUAAUCUAUCUGGAUAACAAGGACUCUGAGUUGCACGGCCUUGAGACCGAGCUGGCUCUCCAGCGGCAGAUCUACAAGGCUGCGCGCAAACUCUCGCUGGAGGAGAAGCUCAGCAAGCCUCAGAAGAAGAAACGCGUCCAGCAGUGCGAACGAGAGGAGAAGAAGGUGCGUGAGCUGCAGGAGGCUAUCUUCCAGUGUAGGAUCCGGAAGGAGUGCAGCUCUCCUUGCAGCAGCAACCGGAUAACUAAAAGCAAAGAUGAAGAUUUGAACAUGUCUGAUGAUAGCUCACUGUCUGAUGUGGUGCGCCUGGAUGAAGAUGUGGACUCCAUUGACCUUGUCUCUGCUCCAAUGCCCGACGUCCAGACGUUCAUUGUAAACUAUGAACGGUCUCCAAUCCAGAAUUCUCCCUGGAAGGAGUCCAGUCUGGACCAACCUUAUCAGAAGGCUGCAAAACCUCAACCUGUUGCCAGCAGCAGCUCCAGUACUACAGGAAGAAUGAAAGCCUCAGCAGACACCAAUAGAAUUCCUCUCUCUCAGUUCAUAAAGACCGCGGCGCCACGGUACAAUCAUUCUGCCAGCACUCCAUCCACCCCGGUGCUGCAUGUGCGUCGACAGUCCUCCCAGUCCUUCAGAUUUCCCAAGAGUAGGCCACGUGCUGACAAAGAGUCCCUCAGCUCAGAGUCCUUCAGAGUGCAUCACUGUGCCACCGACAUCAUGGUGCUCUCCUCAGAAUCCUCAUCCCUGCACCCGGACCAGUCCAGCUCAGAGGACAGCAGUUCCGAGCACUCUGCUUCCUCUUACACAGCACUCCAGGACACACCUACAGAGAUCCCCAAGCUUUGCCCUCCACCGUACGGCAUUCACUUGGCAGCGCCCAAGAAGGAACUGCCGGGUUUUUCGCCCAUCAACUCACCUCCCCACACCCCACAGCACAAGCACAUGGUGGCCCGGUGUAGCCGUCAGCAAAGACCGUGGCAGGAUGGCCCAGCAUCUGCCAGGAGGACACCGAAGCUCCUGCCGCCUUACACGAGGGUUUUGCGUACACCCUCACUGAAAGAGUACACUAACCACGCUGUCCGCAUUAUACCAAGGGAGGUUGUGUCGGAGGAGCUGAAGACCUGGCAUCAGCGCAAUCAGAGUGUCCCGAGCUGUGUGGAGUUGCAGAGGCCCCUGGGAGUCAAGAGAACCACUUUACUGCACAUGCCUCCAUUUAAUCAGGGUUCGGGUAAUUUUGUUCUCCAGAGAGAUGCAGACGGGACACCAGUCCAAUGGUUUGUUGAAGAGGACCAUGAAAUUGUGAGCCAAGUGUAGCUCACAGUUCGAAUAUUUUGUUUUAGUUUUUGCUGCCCUUUUCUGUCAUAUGUAUUUAAGACUGUAUUUAUUGAAAUAUUUUGAUUAUUGAGAUUAUCUUCAUAAAAUGUGCACCCACAGAUGA